GUUGGAGAGGUGGCUUAGGGGUUAAGGGCACUUAACCAGUGCAGAGGACCCAGGUUGGAGUCCCAGCACUCACAAGGCAGCUCACUACUGUCUAUAACAUGUGCAUGAGGUGCAUAGAAAGAUAGAGAAACAGACAGUCAGAUAAUACAUGUGUGUGCGCGCACAAUACAGAACAAAACACCAGUACACAUAAAAUAAACGCAUGAAGUUUAGAAGCACUGUGGGCAGUGAUAGAGUUUGACUUGCCUUUUCUUAGAGAAAACUUUAGAAUCUAGAUUAUGUUUCCAAGAUGUGCAGUAAAGCAGAAACGUAAGCUGCAACAGCACACAAAACAUAGUUGCUUGUCACUUAAGUGUGUGCUGUGGAGAGAUGUUGUGAGAGGCCUGUUGCUAGGUGACCGUUGUUAUGGAAACAUCCUUAUAGAGUUGUUAUGGAAACAUCAGGAUAGAGUAUGUGUGUACCUGCUUUGAAGACGGCACAGCUUACCACAUGCUUAAUGUUAGGCGCGUAUGUUACAGCCUACCCCUUCGAGGGCUACGGUGAAUAAAAUAACAUGGGAUUGAGUCAAGCGCAAGAGAAGCACUGGAUGUAGCUCAGCUGGUGCCAUGCUUACCUAGUGUGCACAAACUGAGGCAUUUUAGUUUUCAAUCCUCCUGCCUCAGCCUCUUUUAGUAUCUGGGAGCAACAGUGAAUCUGUCUAGUACAUAGCUCUUAGAUUUUUACAAUCCCUUCUCCCAUAAAAUGAGCCCGAAUGUACCAAGAACCAUUGAUUCCAGAGCUGGGCCAUGAAAAUAGAAGCAUUUCAGUCUGCCUUCCGAGCUCAGGGGCCCCUGGCCAUACUGGACCACUUCGAUACAAUCUACAGCAUUAUACAUCACUUUCGAAGUAUAGAACCUGGCCUCAAGGAAGACACCCUGGAAUUCCUGAUGAAAGUGGUAUCCUGCCACUCCCAGGAACUGUCAUCCAUCCUGGAUGACGCAGCUUUGAGUGGAUCAGAUAGAAGCGCCCACCUAAAUGCCCUCAAAAUGAACUGCUAUGCCCUGAUACGCCUCUUGGAGUCCUUUGAGAAUAUGACCAGCCAGACAGGCCUCAUUGACCUGGACAUUGGUGGGAAGGGUAAGAAAGCCCGGGCCAAAACAGCUCUUGGCUUUGUCUGGGAGGAAGAGAGGCAACCAGUCCUUGAGCUUUUAACACAGCUGCUCCAGCUGGACAUUCGUCACUUGUGGAGCCACUCGGUAAUUGAAGAGGAAUUUGUCAGUUUGGUUACUGGCUGUUGCUACCGCCUGUUGGAGAAUCCCACCAUUAGCCACCAGAAGAACCGCUCCACCAAGGAGGCCAUAGCACACCUGCUUGGGGUGGCCUUGGUCCGCUACAACCAUAUGCUCAGUGCGACCGUGAAGAUCAUCCAGAUGCUACAGCACUUUGAGCACCUGCCCUCUGUCCUGGUGGCAGCUGUGACUCUGUGGGCAACGGAUUACGGAAUGAAGAGCAUAGUGGGAGAGAUCGUAAGAGAGAUUGGACAGAAGUGUCCACAGGAGAUGAGUCGAGACACAGCAGGGGCAAAGGGCUUUGCUGCUUUCCUCACUGAGCUGGCAGAGCGAAUCCCAGCUGCCCUGAUGUCCAGCAUGUGCAUGUUGCUAGAUCAUCUGGAUGGAGAGAAUUAUAUGAUGCGCAAUGCUGUGUUAGCAGCUAUGGCCGAGAUGAUACUCCAGGUUCUAAAUGGUGACCAAUUAGAAGAAUCGGCCCGAGAAACCAGAGAUCAGUUCUUGGACAUCUUGCAAGCUCAUGGGCAUGAUGUGAACUCCUUUGUUCGAAGCCGUGUUUUACAACUCUUUACCCGAAUUGUCCAACAAAAGGCGCUCCCCCUGACCCGUUUCCAGGCAGUGGUGGCCUUAGCAGUGGGACGUCUGGCAGACAAGUCGGUGCUGGUGUGUAAAAAUGCGAUUCAGCUGCUGGCCAGCUUUCUAGCCAACAAUCCCUUUUCCUGCAAGCUUAGUGAUACCGACCUUGCUGGGCCACUGCAGAAGGAGAUUCAGAAGUUACAAGAAAUGAGAGCCCAGAGGCGGACUGCAGCUGCGUCUGCAGCACUAGACUCAGAGGAAGAAUGGGAGGCCAUGUUGCCAGAACUGAAGUCUACUGUGCAGCAGCUUCUGAAGCUUCCCCAAGAAGAGGCAGAGCAGCAGAUUGCCGAUGGAGAGACUGCGGAGGAAGUGAAAGGACGCAUCCACCAACUGCUUGCCAGAGCUAGUUACAAACAGGCCAUUCUUCUCACUCGAGAAGCUACCAGUCGCUUCCAGGAGUCUGAACCCUUCAGUCACACAGAGCCAGAGGAGAAGGACUUCCUGAAUCUCUUGGGUGUCAUCUUCAAAGGCCCUGAAGCUUCCACACACGAAUCUCCUAGGCACACAGAUCCAGGGCUAACUGGCAGUAAAGACUCUCCUAGUGUGCCUGAGCCUGAGGGGUCCCAGAGGGACGAUGAGCUGCUGAAGCAGGAGAUGCUGGUGCAGUACCUGCAGGAUGCCUACAGCUUCUCCCAGAAGAUCACAGAAGCCAUUGGCGUCAUCAGCAAGAUGAUGUAUGAGAACACAACUACAGUGGUGCAGGAGGUGAUUGAGUUCUUUGUGAUGGUAUUCCAAUUUGGGGUACCCCAGGCCCUGUUUGGGGUACGCCGCAUGCUGCCUCUCAUCUGGUCUAAGGAGCUUGGUGUCCGGGAAGCUGUCCUUAAUGCAUACCGCCAACUGUACCUCAGCCCGAAAGGGGACUCAGCCAGAGCCACAGCGCAGGCCUUGAUUCAGAACCUCUCGUUGCUGUUAGUAGAUGCCUCCGUCGGGACCAUUCAGUGUCUUGAAGAAAUUCUUUGUGAGUUUGUGCAGAAGGAUGAGAUAAAGCCAGCAGUGAUCCAGCUGCUGUGGGAACGGGCAACGGAGAAGGUCCCGUGCUCUCCUCUGGAGCGCUGUUCCUCUGUCAUGCUUCUUGGCAUGAUGGCACGAGGAAAACCAGAAAUUGUAGGAAGCAACUUAGACACCCUGGUGAAGGUAGGGCUGGAUGAGAAGUUUCCACAGGACUACAGGCUGGCCCAGCAGGUGUGCCUCGCCAUUGCCAACAUCUCGGACAGGAGGAAGCCUUCCCUGGGUGAACGUCACCCUCCCUUCCGGCUGCCUCAGGAGCACAAGUUGUUUGAACGACUUCAGGAGAUGGUCACAAAGGGCUUUGCACACCCAGAUCCCUUCUGGAUCCCAUUCAAAGAGGUGGCAGUGACCCUGACUUACCAAUUGGCAGAGGGGCCUGACGUGAUCUGUUCCCAGAUGCUGCAAGGCUGUGCAAAGCAAGCCUUGGAGAAACUUGAGAAGAAUACCACUGAGGGGGACUCCAAGGAAACAGCCCCUAAGCUCCCCACGUUCCUGCUGAUGAACCUGCUCUCCCUGGCUGGGGAUGUGGCCCUACAGCAGCUGGUCCAUUUGGAACAGGCUGUGAGCGGAGAGCUGGGUCGGCGGCGAGUUCUUCGAGAGGAGCAGGAGCACAGGACCAAGGUCCCCAAGGAGAAGACCACAAGCUCUGAAACAACAAUGGAGGAAGAACUGGGGCUGGUGGGGGCCACUGCUGAUGACACGGAGGCGGAGCUCGUCCGGAGCAUCUGUGAGAAGGAACUGUUGGAUGGCACUCAGGUACUCGCUGCCUUUGUUCCACUGCUGCUUAAAGUCUGCAACAACCCUGGGGCAUACAGCAACCCAGAGCUCUCUGCAGCUGCUUCUCUGGCCCUUGGCAAGUUCUGCAUGAUCAGUGCCCCUUUCUGCGACUCCCAGCUCCGUCUUCUGUUCACCAUGCUUGAGAAGUCUUCACUGCCCACUGUGCGGUCUAACCUCAUGGUUGCCACUGGGGAUCUGGCUAUCCGCUUCCCUAACCUGGUGGAUCCCUGGACUCCCCAUCUAUAUGCCCGCCUCCGAGAUCCAGCUCAGCAGGUGCGGAGGACAGCGGGGCUGGUGAUGACGCACCUGAUCCUGAAGGACAUGGUGAAAGUGAAGGGACAGGUGAGCGAGAUGGCCGUGCUGCUCAUUGACCCUGUGCCUCAGAUUGCUGCCUUGGCCAAGAAUUUCUUCAAUGAGCUCUCCCACAAGGGCAAUGCAAUCUAUAAUCUCCUCCCUGAUAUCAUCAGUCGCCUGUCAGACCCAGAGGGUGGAGUGGGGGAGGAGCCCUUCCACACCAUCAUGAAGCAGCUCCUCUCCUACAUCACCAAGGACAAGCAGACUGAGAGCUUGGUAGAGAAACUGUGUCAGCGGUUCCGCACAGCCCGAACUGAGCGUCAGUACCGGGAUCUGGCCUACUGUGUGUCCCAGCUGCCCCUCACAGAGCGAGGCCUCCACAAAAUGCUGGACAACUUUGACUGCUUUGGCGAUAAGCUGAUAGAUGAGUCUGUCUUCAGUGCUUUCUUGUCAAUUGUGGGCAAACUGCGUCGUGGGGCCAAGCCUGAGGGCAAGGCUGUAAUAGAUGAAUUUGAGCAGAAGCUUCGUGCCUGUCACACCAGAGGCAUGGAUGGAAUAGAGGAGCUUGAAACUGGCCAAGGAGGCAGCCAGCGGGCCCUGUCUGCCAAGAAACCCUCCGCCGGUGUGAGAGUCUCAAGGCAACAGCCUCUGACUUCUGUAGACUCAGACAAUGACUUUGUCACACCUAAGCCUCGACGUACCAAACCCCGUCGUCCACAAACUCAGCAACGCAAGUCCCAGAGGAAAGCCAAAGUUGUCUUCUCAAGUGACGAGUCCAGUGAAGAUGAACUUUCAGCGGAGAUGACCGAAGAAGAGACACCCAAGAAAACCACCCCCAUCCGCAGAGCAUCUGCGCAAAGACACAGGUCCUAGGAGCUGCCUUUGCCUAUUCCCAUCCCUGCUGUGCAGGGUAUCUUACUGAAUGAUCGAGAAUUCAACGCCCCCCCCCCCCUUGGAAAAUACUUGUUGCCUCCUUGUUUUUAACAUGUAAAUGGUCUUUUCGAGCAAGGCCUUUCUCUUAGAGCCCCUGACUGCUACUUUCCAAGAUCCAAUCACCAUGUUUUCUAGUGAAUAAAUGUUUUUAUAUACUUUUAA